CCCACAAUCUGCUGUUCAAUUCAGCUUCCGUUUUGACAUAACUGCCGGAGGCUUUCCGCCAUCAUCGCUUGCAAGCCGUUAGAUCUGACCGGGGGACUCAACGGAACUCCAUAAGUCUGCUAGGCCACAGCCAUGCAAGCCAUCAAGUGUGUGGUGGUUGGAGAUGGGUAUGUACCAUUUGCUUGAGGGGACAGGGGAGAGUGAGGGAAGGCGUGACUCUUCCUUGGAGUAGAUCCUUCCUUGCUCCGAGGCCCCAGAGCUGACAGCUUCUCUCUCUGUGUCUUUCAGAGAGGCCACGCAAGCACAGGAAGGAACUGUGACUUGCUUCAAGAGCAAUCAAGGGUGGGGGAAGAGCACGCCUUAGGCCAGGAGUGGGCGACUUGUGGCCCUGUCAGAUAUCGUGGGGCUCCAGCUAGUGUGAGCAAUGGUCCAUCAGUCCCAGCUAGAAUGGCCAGUGGUCAGGGAUGAUGGGAGUCCAGCAACAUCUUAGAGGGCCACAGGUUUCCCACCCCCAUUUCAAUAUGUUGCAUAAGAAGAAGGUGCUUUUUGAUAAAUUCUGACUUGGAUACAGAGUGUGUUAUUUCUGUGUUGCAUUUUAUGGUGUUGCUUGUGGGGUCUGAUUUCUGUGGGAAUGAUUGAAGAACUUCCCUGGUCUUUCUGACAGCAUAUCCAGAAACAGUUGAAUUCUAUGGGUUGGUGGGUUUGAAGGGUGGGACAGCAGAGUCAUCUCUGAAAUGAAUUGCAAGUGAAGAUGUGGCCCUUGUAUUGGCAACCCUGCAUUUAGGCCAUGCUUUCUCUGCAUUAUAUCUAAAUGCACCACACACACAUUGCUUUCUGAAUCCUUCCCUGGGAUCUUUCCCUGCUGUGCUGAGAAGACUGAUUAAUCUGAAACACGUUUGGAAGAAGAGCCACAGCUCAGUGGUAGAAUAUCUGCUUUGCAACUCCAGGUAUGGUUGGGAAUGUUCCCUUCCUGAAACCCUGGAGCAUCACAGCCAGUCAGUGUAGACAAGGUUGAGCUAGAUGGACCAACCGUCUACAUUCCAUUAGGCUUGUUCACACAUUACACCGAUCUGCCUCAACACACGUACAAUGAGUGCUUGUGUGAAAGUGUAUAGCUCUUGAUUUGUGCAGCUUAGGUUACCGGGUACAUAGAAUGGGCACUUAUUGAAUGUUACAUGUGGAUCACUGUAUGAGUGUACAGCUCAAUUAUUUAUGUACACCGGUUGUACAUGCAGGUUGAAUGCAGCAUAUGGACACCCCUAAAGGUUCUCAAGAGAGAAUAUGCAUGUGACCAUCCACAGGCAAAAGCUUACAUGGGAAAGCGGAGGCCUUUGCACCGUGGCAGCCUAUGGCACUAAGAGUUUCUAUUGUGUAUAAGGCACCUAUGUGACCCUUAAAGGUGUAACCAGAAGAAUCACCUCCUGGUGUUGCUAACAAUCAGCAAUUGGGCCAGCAGCUGGAGGGGCAAGGGCUAAAUGUGGGCCUCUGGGGGAAUACCACCUGGCCCAACAGUUUCCAAGUGAGAGGUGAAAACAUGGGGAGCCAGAUGGAUUGUGGGCUUCCCACCAUGCAACAGUAGACAUGUGCAGGUGGAGUUAGGCCUUUGGCCUGACCCACACCUCUUCCUUUUUCUAAGUACUCCCCCAGUAAAACUAGUUGCUGAUUGGAGAGAGCCAGAGUCAGAAGCCCCCAUGAUGGAUGGUGGGGUGAGAAAUGAGCAGUACUAAACGAGAGCAUCUUUUACUGCUCCAGUUUGUAAAAGGUUCAGCUCAGCAAAGUGCUUGCAGUACAAAGACUUCUUCAUUGGGCAGCAUCUUCACCUCCUUUCUGCUUAUGUGGUCUGGGUGACUCAAAAACAUAUUAUUUUCCACAAACAGAAGCUAGCUCCAUACAAGCUUUCAACUUCUCUAUGUCUGAGGUUUGCAGCCCGAUCCUAUGCAUGUUUUCUUAGAUGAAAGCCCGACUCAGUUUAGGAAUGUACAAAUCUGUCAGGUUCUGGUUUCCCAUUUUUUGCAAUCUUAAAUUCACUUCUCCACAUUUCCACAUCAUUAAAAAAAUUGCACAAGGAACUUAUAAUCAACAUUUUAAUAAGAAUUUCUUCUAAUGCACACAUUUUUGAAGGCAAUUUCUGCUAAUGCACACAUUUUUGGGGGGUGUCAGUUUCCCCUAAUGCAACACAUUUUUGCAUGUUAUUUUCUAAUGAACACAUUUUUAUACACGCUUUGCCCCAGAAUAUGCAUUUUGGUGCACAUUAACUGGCUGGAGAACUACAAUGCAAAAUUCAGAGAAGUGUGAAUUUUGAAAUAUGCCUUUAGGUUUUCAUUCACACAUUGUUCUGGAAAGUCCCAAUUUGAUAGGCUUCCCUUUAAAAGCAAACUCAAUCCCAUUUCUCCCCCAUCCCUCCACUUCCUUGGACUGCAGAUUUAGUUUCUUGCAUCUUGGAUAGGAUCUGUGCACGUAUCUGCUAAGUAGCACUAUGGACAGUUAGAGAGGAGGAGAGAAGCUUGAAGAGAAGUUUCGAAUGCAACAUCAAGAGAGUGGCACAUAUUGCAAUGCCAGGAGUUCUGGAUAAGGUUGUCACCUGGGCCAGCAGCAGACAAAGAGACUUUCCCACUCCCUGCCCUUUACUAGUCCCUUCCUCUUAAAAAUACCCCAAAGAGGAAGUCCUUAAGCUCUCUUUCUCACAUAUGCAUGCAAAUUUUAGAAAACAGAAAGCACCGUUCUCUUGAGCAGUUCAGUAGGGCAAGUACGUGUAUGAACUAGAUUACAUAUUCAAUCUCCAACUAAAAAGAUCUGGCAGAUGCACCAGGUAGUGGGGGCUGAGGGGUCUUCAGGCUCUCCCAAAUUUUCAAGGAGGGGGCUGCCCCCUCCCAAAUCCUGUGUCCCUACUCUGCCUCCUCCUCCUCCCCACCCAAUGUCGUGUGGGCAGCAUGAGGCCAGGCACAGAGCCCUAUUCUAUCCUACUCUUCAAAAACAACUUCCCAUUUUGGCCAUUGUUGAGAGCUCACCUGAGCUUCAUUGGGUUCAGGUAGUAGUUUAGGUUACAAUCCUAUACCCACUUACCUGUGAGAAAGACCCGUUGAACUCAAUGACACUUGUUUCAGAGUAGACAUGUAUAGGAUCGCCCUGUUAAAAUCUUGUAUGAACCAUGUCACCAUCCCAUGUGAUGUCCUGCUCUAUAUACCUUCUUUUAGAGAGGCACAAUCUGUAAAUAUGUAGAGCAGGGUAUUUUCAGUAGUGGCACCCACAAUGUCACAGAAUAUCCCCAGGCACACCCACUAAUCUUUUUCACUGCUCGAGAUUCGUAGCAGAUUGAAACCCCAUUCCACCAACCCUUUCCCCAUUUAUAAAGUCCCCUCAAAACGUAUCCAACUAUCCCAGCUUUUAAAUUAUUGAGAGUUUUAAAAAUCAUUUAAAUUAUUUUUAUUUUACUAUUGCUGUGUAUUUCAACUGGUCUGAAAACAUACCAGCUGCUCUGAGUUGUUGUUGUUGUUGUUGCUGUUGUUAAAUGGGAAGGUGGAUUUAAUGAAUGAAUAGAUGAAUGAAAGAGACACCUUUUCUUGCGUUCCAGCUUUUCAUUACCUUGGGAUUAGAAGGGGCCCUUGGAGGGAGGCUCCCCCUUUUUCUACUGUCUGUACUUCCUGCUCUGCUUCGUUAGCAGGCAUAUUACUGCAGAAACUGGAAUAAUAUGUGCUAUGUGCUUCUUUCCCCUUUUCUACAGAGCUGUGGGUAAAACCUGCCUCCUGAUCAGCUACACCACAAAUGCCUUCCCAGGAGAAUACAUCCCUACCGUGUGAGUAUGGUGCAGCUCAGAGGCAAAGGAUCUGUAGGCUGUGGACCUUGAGCUUUUGAAGAAUUGAGAUAAAGCUUAUUUUUGUUUCUCCACCAAGUCUUUGGCCUGUAGAGAGAAAAUAAGAAGGUAGCAAGUCCCCACAGCUCAUGUAAAUGCAGUAUCUGUGGGAAUGUUGUGGAUAGUAGGAGAGGAUAUAUUGAUUAAAUAUUAUCUUUCCUCACUCAAGCUAGUGAGCAAAUAGCAGCGCACCUUCCCUUGUACAUAGCAGGAAGCUAAUUGGUAGAUUUGUUAGAAUCUCUUGAGUUAAGCAAUCGGGUCUAGCUUGUCCAGAUUGGAUUUGUUCCUGGUAAAUUCCCCUUUAUUCCCUCUUAAAAGCAAUAAAGAUACAACAGUCUUCUUUUAAAAGUAAUGAGAAGUUUACUUACAUUCAGUUCACAAUAUGAUCCUGAAGGCAGGCUUUAGCUUGUAGUUACAGAUACAGAGAAAGGUGUGGAUUCCUCUUGUGAGGAAUGAGCCCAUGUGCUGCUGGCUGAGAGCCAGCAGACAGCAAAAAGCAUCAAGAGCAUCAAAAGGAGGAGAAGGGAAGAUGGCUGCAUGACUAGCCUCUUUUGGGGUCUCCCAGGGUCAUGCACCUGGUCACAUGCAGGGGGAGGAAGCUCCAGAACAGGUGUGACAGGAAGUCCUCCUGGCUGGAGUAACAUCCCCCUCCGUGUCCACUCAUGCUUCAUUUGUGUAUUGGUUUAGUGUAGAGAAGGUGUUUGGAAGCUCAGGCUUCCAAGACUUCUCUAUCUUGGCCUUUGGGAGACUCCCUGGGAGACUCCCCUUCUCCUUGUGUGUUUUCGCCUGACUGGUAUGUGUCCUUGAACCCUGAUAAUUCAGAAACAUCUGUGUAGAAAUUAGCUAGCUGUGCAAAGGUAACAUUGUCGUGUAUUGCUCCACCCACUUUUGUCUCUGGCCCCAUCCAUCACUGGCAUGUUGCCCUCUGACUGAAAAAGGUUUCGUUUAGGCUUAGUAUACAUGCAGGGAGUUACUUAUAUGGGAGAUGAUUAAAGCUUUGACACAUAAACACCCCUCCAAUCUGAAGUGGUGCAGCCCUGAAUUUUACCACUUGAGUCAGAACAGGCAGAGUAGUUGAGAGAUACUUUUGAGUCACCCUAGGUGCUAUUGUUGCCUGCUGGGAUAUAAAAGGCUCUCUUUGCAGGUUGAAAUGGAAUCCAUUCAACUGAUUUCCAAGGCAGAAGCUGUAUUGCUUUAUCCCUUAUAAAAGCACAAUAAUUCAACUUGAUCCAGAUCGUGAUCAUGUAAAAAUUAACCAAUUAUUAAUUUCAAAAAACAAAAAGCAGGCCACUGUUGUGAUGCACAGGCAUGCUGUGAUAUCACUACAAAGGUUACAUGUUGGAAUGAAAUGUCACGUGUCCCCUAAGUAGCAACCACAGAAAGUUAAGAGGUUUAUAGAGGGCUGUAGUUAUAUUUUCUCCCAAUGUGCGUUAAAAGAGAGGUGGAGGUGCGAAACUUUCCUGCCAUUAACUUCCUUAAAUUUACUUAUUUAGGAUCUGUCAUGUAAAACCUAUGAGGUUGCAUUUGUCAGCAAGCCAGAACUUGAACUAUAUUGCCUCUCUCCCUUAAACGAAAAAGAACAGUAACAGGAAACGCCUGACUCCACCCAGAUACAAUAAAUUUCUGUGCCACCUAAUGUCUAAACUAUAUCAUGACAGUUUGCACACAUUCUCCCAUGCCCAAUAUUAAGCAAUUCCCCAUCCCCCUCGCCACAGCCACCCCAUAAACCCAUUCCCACUGGAGAGGCUUUCUGUGGGACACAUGUGACUGGGUGAAGAAGGGGUAGGCUGAGAUGUGUUCCUCCUGUGAACUUUCUAAAUUUGUCUUAAAAUGGGCAAAGAUCCUCCCCUUCGAAACAGCUCAUGUUACUGUAGCUGGAAGCAGUGUCCGGGUAGAAACUGGCAAAAGCUCGACUUUGCCAAAAACAACAACUGAACAACUUUUGUGUCCGGAUUUCCACUUUUUGAAAUAUGGCAACCCUGUUAACUGUAAGCUUUAAGGAACUGACACCUACUUUUUUUUUACAGAUUUGAUAACUACUCUGCCAAUGUAAUGGUUGAUAGCAAACCUGUAAACCUGGGGUUGUGGGAUACGGCGGGCCAGGAGGACUAUGACCGCUUGAGACCUCUCUCCUAUCCUCAGACAGUGAGUUCCUCUUGUUUUCUCAUAUGCAUUUUCUCUGCAGUUUUGGACACAGUUAUCCAUGCUCUGGUGACCUCCCUAUAGCUGGACUACAGUAAUGCACCGUGUGUGGGGCUGCCCUUUGAGACAAUCUGGAGGCUGCAUCUAGUGUUGAAGGCAACUGAUAGGCUGCUAAGUGCAGCAGCUCAAUGGGACCAUGGAUCCCUGGUCCCGAAAGCACUGCACUGGCUGCCAGUCAGCUACCCGAGCCAUAAGUGGCCCAGGGCAGAAGCACCUAAAAGAGCAACUUUCCCAGUGUCAACUACCUCAGCCUCUAUGCUUGGUAUACCACCUUAUUGAUGAUUGACCUGUGUGAGGGUCUUCCCAGUGGCCUGAAGUGGACCACUCAACACUGCUUCUGCCUCUAAAGAACAAAUCACAUUUGACUAUUAUCCUUCAGAACCAAAAAAUAAUAGAACUUCUUAUUAUGUUUAUUCUGCAAAAUCAAGUCAUCUUUUUCAGCACUGGUGUAGGCUUUGGCUUAUGUUUUCCUUUUUGGUACUGCCUUUCCCCCUCUCUCACAGAUACAAAGGAGACCAGGGCUUUUCUAACUUAAAUAGAAAAACAAAAGCGAGUAUAGUGGUACCUCGGGUUACAUACGCUUCAGGUUACAUACGCUUCAGGUUACAGACUCCGCUAACCCAGAAAUAGUACCUUGGGUUAAGAACUUUGCUUCAGGGUGAGAACAGAAAUCGUGCUCCGGCGGCGCGGCGGCAGCGGGAGGCCCCAUUAGCUAAAGUGGUGCUUCAGGUUAAGAACAGUUUCAGGUUAAGAACGGACCUCCAGAACGAAUUAAGUACUUAACCCGAGGUACCACUGUAUUUAAAGCAGCUGUGGCUUCUCUGUGUGAAAAAUUGCAAUAGGCCAAAAUCACUUCUUCUUCCUGUCAUAGACUAAGAUGAACUGUCAGGUAAAGCCUGAAAUGGAGCAAAGAAGUUAAUACUCUGUGUCAGGUGUGGGAAACAUUUUACCAUCUGGAUGCUGCUGAACUACAGCUCCCAUUAUCCCUGGCCAUUGGUCAGGCUUGCUGGGGCUGAUGGGAGUUGGAGUCCAGCAGCAUCAGGACUUGGAACAUAUAGACCUUCAAACAAAGGGUGGUCCUCUGUAAUGUAGAACAGAUGCUCACCUGCCUGUAUGUGGGAUGGUGACAAGAAUCAAAGGUAACUAAUAAAGGUUAUCCUAGGGUGUCAGAAGGAACAUGUCCUGCCCUACACUCUUCUUCAGUUUCUAGGUUCUCUUUCACUUAUUCGUGAAAUAGCACUAGUAAGUUUGGGGUUUGUUCUGUCGCUCAAUCAGUUUAGUACGUCAAUGCAAUCUUCCUUUUCUAAUGUUUAGCGUGUUAUUUGUGCUGUUUAUUUAUUUCAAUGAAACAGAUAAUGAACUCGCUUAUUAAAAUCAAUGGAACCCAAAAAAAUGCUUAAUCGGAUCGUGCUCUAAUUUUCGCAGUCUAAUGAAAAAACACUGGAGUGUGCUAAUAUUCAUUUUGUUUUUGUUUUUUAAUAAUUUUUAUUACAUUUUUCUAAAUUACAUUUCAAAAUAUUCAUUUAAACAACCUUAAAUCAAUGACUUCCCUUCUUCUCCUUCCGUGGUUCAUUUUGCAUACCAUACACCCCUGCAUAGUUUACAUGAACAAUCCAUUCAGUAUUCCAUUGUUACAUCCAUCAAAACUUAUUUACACUGUUGAAUUUAUCUUAAUGCUAUCAGUGUUUUUAAAUAAACACAAUUUUCACCAAUAUAGCCAGUAAACAUUUUCCAGUCUUCUUUAAAUGUGCAUUCUUCUUGUUCUCUUAUUCUAUAAGUUAGGUCUGCAAGCUGUGCGUAUUCCAUCAGUUUAAGUUGCCAUUCGUCUUUGGUUCUAAUAUUCAUUUUGGAUUGGUUUCCCUGAUUAUAAUUAUUUAGUUUGAUCUGCAUGGUUUGAUGCACUGUUUGCAGGGUUGUUGUUGCUUUCACCCUAUCACUUUAUAACUGGCUAAUAUGGAAAUAAUGAUAGUGUCCCACCUUACAGGAUGGUGGUUAAGGAUUGCUGUGAUGAAGUACCUGAAAUGCUUUGAGUACUUGGGCAAAGCACUGUAUAAAUAAUUGGUGUGUUUUGUGUUUUGCUACAUGAGACAGCACCAACCCUCAGUGUGACUUUUAAAGUGUCCAUUUUUAUUUUAUGCCCACAGGACGUCUUCCUCAUCUGCUUCUCUCUAGUCAGCCCCGCAUCUUAUGAGAAUGUCCGUGCUAAGGUGAGAUCAUCCUGGUGUUUGUGCAGCUGAGGAAGGAGGCACAGGGCAUGUGAGAAAUUGAUCAUACUUGGCCUUGGGGCCAGCUGCAGUGUGGAAAACGUGGUGACCCUGGAUGUUUUCGGCAGGAGCUGGCUGGAUGAAAAGGAGUAGUGGGAGGCACCAGCCAGGGAACCCCCAAGGGAAACCCCAGAGGAGGAAGACCGAGAGCCAGGGGAUUGGUGGUGGGACACCGAGGAGAGGUCAGAGGGAGAAGAUGGGGUGGAGGUGCUGGAUGCUGAAGGGGCAACAGCAGUGGUGUCGCAAUGGGGGGCGGGAGGGUGGAGUACCGCAGAUUCCAUGUCUGCAGGGGUGUCAAGAAGUCACCCCGCGGGGGCUCACGGCAGCACGAGCAGCCAUCGUGCUGCCACAGCCACAUGUGGAGGAUCCUCUGCUCGCAGAUGUAGCCACAAGCAGAGGAUCCCGGCACCCACGGCAAACCACUAAGUACAGCACAUGUGCAGCAUGUAGCGCCAUGGCACAUGUGCUGUAUAGCGAUUUGCCGCUGCCGCUCCAAUGCCGUACGGGUGGUUCCAGGACCCUCUUCUCGUGGCUGCAGCUGCAAACGGAGGAUCCUCCAUUCGCAGCUGUAGUGGCAACGGAGGGAUCCUGGCACCGUCCGUACAGCGUUGGAGCGGCGGCAGCAGCAAACCACUAUACAGCGCAUGUGCAGUGUCACUAUGUACGGUGCAUGCGUCAGCCCCGGGUGUCACGACGCCUUUCUUUGCCCCUGGGCAACCGGGCUUCGUGAGCAGGAAGAGCCUGUGACAGGGAGCAGUUCAGACUCUGAGGCUGAAGCAGAGGAAGUCUCCCUCUCCUGCUGUGACCAGCUCCCCUCUCCCCUGGUCUCCAAGAACUCGGAGAGUAACAAGAAGAGCAGAACAGAGAUCAGGGGUGCACAGAUGCAGUCUGAGACUGCUUGGGAAACAUCUGGGAGAGGAGGAGCCUUAGAAAGGGUGGUAGGCAGGGACCUGGCAACUGUUCCAUAGGAACUAGACCUACUGGAGAGUGUUGCUGAGACCACUAGGCUGAGUUGCAUGUUCCUUGAAUAAAGAGUGAACUUCAUUGACAACAGAGCAGGGGCGGAGGAAGGGGUGCGGGGGCGAGCUGCCCCAGAUGUCUUCACUGAGGGGGUGACAUUUGGCGCGCCACCCGCCUGUGACUCCCAAGCUUACCCUGAGCCAGUGGGGGAAAGGGGGAGCUGCACCGCUUUGCCGGCAACAUUCCCCCCUUCCCCCUUCAUUUUGACAGCUCAGGGGAGGCUUUGUAGUCAUGGGCGCAUGGCGUGCCAAAUGUCCACCAUCAGCAGCUCGCUCCACCCCAUGGGCAGCUCACUUUGCCCCCAGCUGCAGGGUAUGUGCACCGCUCCAUGCACCCAAGUGGCAAUCCUGCAUCUGGGAGGGCACCCUCCAUGCCCCGCCCCCCUCGGGAGCACAUCCUCCCUGGGCAGCGCAGGCAUAUGCUCUGCCGCUGCAACAGAGCUCUGCUUCCUUUAUUGCUGAUCUGCCUCUGACUCCAGCCCUGACAGCUAUGAUCCCUUGCAAUUGACAAAUUUGCUAGGGCUUAGUCCUGGGGUCCAUUGAAAUGCCAAGGCCUAGGUUUUGAAAGACCGCCUCCUUUCCUUUGUACCAUAAUGAGUGUUAAGAUCCACUAUGAAGAUCAGAUUGUACCAUCAUAAUAGUUAAGAACAAAAUGAAUCCCAGAGGCACCAAGUGAUGUUGCCAGAAAUCUGCCAAGGGACCAGUGUCGCUUCCACUUUCUCCUCUGUCCACACCUCCCCACUGUUUCUCUUCCUCUCUGUGGGUGGCUUCCUCACACACACCUGCCUGCAGAAAAUGGACUUUAACAGGAUGGAGGAGUGGGAGGAUACAAAAGUGGAACAGGGGCUGCCUGUUACAAAUGGGUAGAGGGCAGCAGCAUGAUGAAUGGAAGGUGUGGGCACGACGCAAACCUGGAGCUGGCCCUAGGCAAAAAAAUAUGUGAUACAAGAGUUCCAUGAUGAAACCUCCUGGUUAUUGACUGGUUGUGCUUCAGAAACAGUUGUGGAGAGGUCUGGGUUUCAUCAGAGCAGCAGCAUUGGGGAGGCGAUGCUUAACUGUUUCCUCCUGUGCCACUUUUCCAGUUUAAAUUUACUCCCCACCCACAUCCCAAAGAUACUAUUUGCUGGAUCUGGUGUGUGUGUGUGUGUGUAAAUAUAGAUGCCUGUAUUUAUUUCCCCACUAUUACCAGCAUAGGGGUGAAAUAUAGAUCAGGAAAAGAUACACGAGAAAAGAUCAAACUCCUCAUCUCCAGCACACAUAUCGAAAUCAGAGCCCCAGGCUGCUUUAAAAUUAAAUUUUUCUUAAAAGAUUCCCCUAUUAUGAAUAGGGAUGGUGUGAGUCAGCCCUUGCCAAGCUAGUGCCAUCCAGAUGUUUUGUACUGCAACUCCCAAACAUCUGGAAGGUUCCACCUUGGCAAAGGUGGUAAUAUUAGAUUUGUUUUGAUCCAGCGAGACAAUUCUUAUCGUCUGUAAAGUGUUUGCUAGAUAGACUACAAUGAUACAAAAUGUAGCCCAGUUUCUUUCUUUCUUUCUUUCUUUCUUUCUUUCUUUCUUUCUUUCUUUCUUUCUUUCUUUCUUUCAUUUCUCACCUCACUCUUCCCACUUCAAAUCUUGAACUUUCUUCUAGUGGUUCCCUGAAGUACGGCAUCACUGCCCUAGCACUCCCAUGAUCCUCGUGGGCACAAAGCUGGAUCUCCGAGAUGACAAGGACACCAUAGAGAAGCUCAAAGAGAAGAAGUUGGCACCCAUUACGUACCCACAAGGCCUUGCGCUGGCCAAGGAAAUUGGUAUGUGAGGGCGAGGUGGUGGGAGGAGAUGCCCCAGUUCAAACUGGGGCUGUUAAAAUUGUGGAAACCAGCAUAAGAACAUGUUGGGUCAGGGGGGUGAUCCAUCUAGUCACAGCGGCCAACCAGAUGCCUACUGGAAGCUCGCAGUCGGGACAUGAGUGCAACAAGACUCGCCACUUCCAAUUCUGGAAGGAUCUGUCCAUUUCAGGUCUCUCCUUUUCUCAUUUCCCCAGUCUUAAAUUCAGUUUUCCACAUUUCUGCAACAAUCUGAAAUUUACAGCUGAUACCCCAUUUGCAUGGGGCAUACGUUCCGGGUGCCUGUGCACCUAAAUGAAAUUUCCAAAAGUGGUGAGCACCCCCUUAACACCCUUUAAAUGCCCUCCCUGCUUCUCUCUCUCCAAUCCAUAACAAAAGCACUGUAUCCAAAAAUUCCCACAACUAGAAUCGAAGCUCUAGGACUGCCAGGAGGCUGGAGGACGUGUGGGAAAGUGGUGGCUGCUGCUGCACUACCCCACAUGUCAGCCAUUGGGCGGGGAGGCUGAGAAGCAUAAACAAAGCCCUGCUAUGCCUCUGGUGUCUUUGGGGCUGGUUGGAAUUGAAUUAUUUCAUUAUUUCCUGUCACUGCGCAUGUGUGCAGUUGUGUGCAAGUCAAUCACACAUAAGUGGGAGGACACAUGUAUUCAUUUUCACAAAUAUUCCUCAGCAUUUCAGUGUGAAUUUCUCUUUGUGAACACAUUUUUGGUAUGCACUUUUAACGAAUGUGCCAUGUCAAAAGUGUGUGUGGUGGGGCUCCUUGCCUGAUUCUGUGCAUGCUCCUCCUUAUGCAUCAAUGCUGCUCUCCAGUUCACAUAUCUAUAUUGCAACAGAGCCAUUUUUCUACCAUUGCACAAACUGCAUUGGAUGAAUUGCUGCCUAUGCUACUCCUCUAGGACACUGCCUGCUUGUGCCAUCUUAGAAUGAUGCACACUGCUUUUGCUAGCAGAGGUUACAAUGGAGCCCAUUCGCAGAGGAGAUUGCUUGUGAAGGAAGGCUGAAGCCUUUUUGCCUCAGAUGCCAAGACGAUGCGAAUCUUGGAGGAGUCCCACCUGAUGCCUGCUUAUUUUCUCGGCAACAUCCUUCCUGUGCAGGAUGACCUCACUAUCAGUAGUUCAUCCGACUGCUUUUGCCUUAACUGUGAGCAUUGGAGAUGCUUUUCAGACUUCCUCCUCCUCCUCUCCACUCCCUGGCCUUUUCUGUCCGGAACUGGUCUUCAAAAGUUCUGUCAGUUGAAACACUGUUCAGCCACAACUUCCUUUUCCUGCCGUGUGGUCUGGCGCUAACCAGCAAAGGGUAACAUGCUGCACUCGCUCAUUCUCAAGGCCCCUUUCUCUCAUUGUACAAGCAACCCCGUUCUUUCCUGCGUAGGUGAAUUCAUCUUUCCUUUCCACCGCAGCUCCAAGACCUAAGUGGUUGGGCAUUUGGGGAUACGUAGGUUGAGCAAGAGCCUAAUUUGUUCAGGACUUGGCAAAUUAAUAUGAUGAAUUAGGUUCCUAGGGCAGCCAAGAGACAACAAGUUUAAAACAGUGAAUAAAUAAAGGAAGCAUAUAGACAAAUGCAGAAAAUGAAAGCAAAUGAAUAAAGCACCAGACUGUUUAAACAAAUGGUGAAAUCUAUUUGCUGUAUGUUACAGCAGUUCUGCAGAUGGAGCAGCACUUGGUGGUCAAAGUCCAGGGCCCAUCAGCUCAUUACACACCCCAUGACCAGCCAAAGAACAAGAAGAUGGCAGCAUCAAAGAGGCCUGGUGUUAAGCUGAGACAGACAUCUUGGGGCCCACUAGAGCCUACAUGGUCACUGCAGCUUCCUUUUUUCUUAUUUUUAAAAACAUAUUAUCACCAGGGAGCAACCAAGCCAGGCACAUUCACAGCUGCAGAUGCUCAUUUAUUAUGUUUCACUUAUUAGAAUCAAAGGUCCGUACCGUUAAAGUUAUGGUUUUCCCAGUAGUGAUGUAUGGAAGUGAGAGCUGGACCAUAAAGAAGGCUGAUCGCAGAAGAAUUGAUGCUUUUGAAUUAUGAUGCUGGAGGAGACUCUUGAGAGUCCCAUGGACUGCACGAAGAUCCAACCUAUCCAUUCUGAAGGAAAUCAGCCCUGAGUGCUCACUGGAAGGACAGAUCCUGAAGCUGAGGCUCCAAUACUUUGGCCACCUCAUGAGAAGAGAAGACUCCCUGGAAAAGACCCUGAUGUUAGGAAAGAUGGAGGGCACAAGGAGAAGGGGACGACAGAGGAUGAGAUGGUUGGACAGUGUUCUCGAAGCUACCAGCAUGAGUUUGAGCAAACUGUGGGAGGCAGUGGAAGACAGAAGUGCCUGGCGUGCUCUGGUCCAUGGGGUCACGAAGAGUCGGACACGACUAAACGACUAAACAACAACAACAAUUGUAGAGUUGGACGGAACCCUGAGGUUCAACCCCGCUGCGAUGCAAGAAUCCUGUCCACAGCCUUCCCUGAGUGGGCUCAAACCACCAAUCUUCUGGUUAACAAUGAGACGCACUCAUCUCUUACUAUUUUCUGUCACCUGUAGUAUUUAUCACCAAAUCAAUGUGUUUGCGUGUUCAGACCCAGAAACCUCCCCCCUAAAUAAAUUCACACAUGACUCAAAUUUUGGUUUUGGUUUUUGGCAGAAUUUAGGCCACAACUUUAUUGAUUACAGAAAGUGACUGGUUGCAUAUGCUCUGGUUCGACUAGCUCCCUGCCAUGAAGGUAGCGCUGACCCAGGGUUCCAGCAUAGGUCAGCCAAGGGUGAACACCUGCAUAUUGUGGGAAUGUUCAGGGGUGCAGGAGAGGAUAUACUGACUAAUUAUAUCCUUAUCCAACUUGUGCUAACAAGUUCCCAAAAUAUCAGCAGAGUUUAUAAAGUCCCCUUUAAGUUCACAACGGUAACGUGUGCACAGGUUCGCUAGAACCUCUAUAAUAAUUACUCUGGUAAUUUCCCCUUUUGUUCCCUCUUAAAAUACAAGACACGACACAGUCUUUAUAAAAGUAUAAAAGAGUUUACUCACGUUCUGUUCACAAUAUGAUCCCAGAAGGCAGAUAGCUUAAAAAGGUUACAUACAUUCAGAAUCUAUCUUAUAGCAAGAUAGUCCUUUCCUCCUCUCUUGGCUGAGAGCCAAGAGAGCAUCUUUAGAUGCUUCCUCAUCGAAGGAAAAUGGCAGAGAGAGAGAGAUGGCUGCCUGCCCUGUGCUUUUGUCAUUACCUGCACAGGUGAGGCCACACCCACCUCUGGUCACAUGCGGAGGAAGUCCGUCCCCAGGAAGUUUACCUGCUUGCUGGACAGACAUCCCUCCCCAUGUUCUAACAUGUACACUCUAGGAAUGUUGUCAUUGACUGCUCCUGUGUUUACAUCCCACACAUAUGCGGAAAGCCGGGAAUGGGCUAACUCCGCCACCCAAAUGUCCCCCUGGACUCAGGCAUGGGCACAACCCCCUCUCAGGGGUUGACCAAACCAUCGAGUCCCUGGAUUCCUUUAACGGAAUACCCUUCACAUAGGGAUGGCGAGAGCGUUCUCCCAUCUCUAUCACCUGAACCAGAGCCUAUCCGCAACCUUACAAGUUGCGACGAUUUGCUGCGCAGCAGGCUAAACCCAAAUGGCAACAGCCAGUCAGCGAAGUGGGGAAAAUUCCUACCAUGCCCCUGUCCCAACGACAGAAGACACACGAUGGCAUAGCAAGAUCAAGCGCAACGCCCUAAAAGUAGGGAGAGGUGGGCGGGUUUUCCAAAUGCAUGUGCUGAAAGAGGAAACUCUGGGUCAUGUGCAUGGGUAUAAAUAGGUCCCUCAAACUGUUUGGACUGCGUCCCAUUGGCCAGAUUGCACCCAGCUUCGAGGGACCUACCAAUCGGGUGUUGUGGCUGACCAAACGUACCUACCCACAACACAGGGUGUCGGUUGUCCAGGUCUCACUGCAAUAUGUGCCCUCUUUAAGGGAGGACCUGAUUUAGCAACAGGGCAGCAGAAGCAAGUUCCCAUUUUGUCCCUGUACUCAUGAUGAUGCUGUGAUUUAUUUGAGUUUAAAAAGCACCCCUUCCUCAGAAUGUUUUUUUGUAUUCACAGAUGCAGUGAAGUACCUUGAGUGCUCAGCACUGACUCAGCGCGGCCUGAAAACAGUGUUUGAUGAGGCAAUUCGGGCAGUUCUCUGUCCACAACCCACAAAGACAAAGAAAAGGGGGUGCAGUAUCCUUUAAGGGUAAGUAAGUAAGUAAGUACUGGCAAAGGCCUUCCUCUGUCUUGGCCCUCACUGCCAGACGAAGAGCUCAGAUGUCCAGUUUGGUUUCUGCCAAGGACUUUGAUACUUAAAUCAGAAUGGUACAUAAACAAGGCAUGGUUACAAGGUGCAGCAGGUGUACCAGAGGACCAGAUAUGUGGCUAGGUGGAAGCUAAGACACUGAUUCAAUGAGUGACACUUUUUGGAAGGAUGGGACAGGUCACAACACUUAGUGUGGCAAAUGGACAGAGCCCUGAGACUGGGCAAGCAAGCAGGCAGUUCUCUGAGUGUGUUGAGCUUGAAGAGUCUGUUCAUGCCAGGGCCAGCAUCCCUUCAUCUUGGGAGGUGGAACCGAUUCUGGCUCAACAUCUGAUUCACUCUUAGCGGCUUACCACUGCCUCCAGUCCUACCUAAGCUGCCACCCCCUCCACCAGUUCCUGAACCACUUGUAUCUUAACAGAGAUUGUGGGAAAGAGACCUGAAGACACCAGAUAAUGAGACUGUGGCUGGGAGGGAAAACUGUAAAACAGAAUCAUUCUGUGACUUGCUGUUAAUUCCCUUAUACAGAUUGGGAAUUCAGAGAUACCUCACCAUGGAUGGGAGAGCAAAUAGGAACCAACUCCCUGUUAUAUUGGUUCAGAUGUAAUAAACAGAGACAAGGAAAGGCACAGCAAGUGAAAUCAAGAGACCAAUUGUUAAAAUAUGGGGAAAGUAUGGAUAAUGUUUUUGGCCCUGGAAAUUUCCCCUGAAAUAUGGGCUUUCAGAAAAUGAAAGAAAAACGAGACUAUUCUGCCUGGAUUAGAGAGGACAUAACCAGAUUUAAAGACACUAUAUUUCAGGGGGUUAUGGUCUCAUAAAGCCAAUUAGCAGAAAAGCAAGUCAAUCUCCAUCUGCCGAUUUUUGCAGUAUCUGCCAAUAAGGAGCUAUACUGAAAAUAUUACAAGAGCAGUCGAUAUAGAAAGGGAUCCCAUGUUAUUUGAGAAAAUUAGUUUCUGGAAAAGAAAAAAUGUUUGCUGUCUAAAAGGUAUAAAAUUUUAGUAGUCCCAAGCGGUCGCAAAAUCAGUAUUGCAAAACAGAAUUGGGAGAGUUCACUGUGACUAUAUUGGAGGUACAGAGGAAUUAUGUGUACAGGCCCUUGUAAGAUAGGUAAUAGAUGCAGUACUCCCCCCUCCCAGGUGGUACUCAAGGGCAUGCAGUACCAACACCUCUCUUUUUUGUUGUUAAAAAUGUAGCGUUUACUGUAACAACUUCAUGGUGAGUACCGGCAGCUAUUUUUCUAGGGGGAAAGUACUGGAUAGAUGGAAAUUCAAAGGAGAAAUUCACAAAGCAACACCUAGGCAGAAUUAUACCCCAGGCACUAUACCAAAUAUAUUCCUAGCUGUGUCACACAUGCAUUCAAAGUGUAGGAGAAGAAAGGAACUUUCGCUCACAUCUGGUGGAACUGCAGCCUGGUUAAUGAAUACUGGCAAACAACAAUUCAAAGCCUAAGAGAUAUCACAAGCUUAGAGUUUCAAUUAAACCCUCUAACAAUAUUUGGGGGACAUGUUAAAAACCAAUUAGGGAGAGACUAUAUAACUAUAAUUAGUUACACAUAUGCUAGCUGACUUUGCUAGCAAAAGCUUGGAGAACAUCCUGUGUCCCGACAGCUGAUCAAUGGAAGAUCUGGAACAGUAUGGUCAUGGAUUAAAUUGCUGGUUGCAAACUGUUAUGGAAAGGGGAAAUACAGAUUUUUAAAAGAACUCAGAUGUCUUUUAUUCGGCAAUGGAAUCAAAAUAGACCAGAUGAACAAGUGACUUCAGAUUUUCUAAGCAUGAGAUGAGUUUCUGAUGCUAUAUGUGUGUGUAUAGGAUAGAAAUAAGGUUUGUAAAUCUUAACAUAUGCACCCUAACCUCCCCCAGAGAAUCCUGGGAACUGUAGUUUUGUUAAGGAUGAUGGGAAUUGUAGCUCUGUGAGGUGGUUGUAAACUACCACUAUCAGGAUUCCUUGGGGAAGUUGCUUGCUUUAAAUGUACUUUCAAAUUUCAUUUAUUCAACCUGUAGGUCCACCCAUUUACUGGUCAUGUGAAGGGGCUCUACUUCAAUUAAAAUUCAGGGGCAGCCCCACUUUCCCCUCACACAUUCAUAGUGGAGGAAUGAGUGAUUUCCCCACUUACACAUUUGGUAAGAAAGUCAAGAAAAUUUGGAUGGACACUCAACUGAAUAUGAGAGGGGAGCUUGCUGAAAAUAGAUGUUGCCUGAUACUAUCCAAACAGGAGUUCCUCCUGCUGCUUGGGCAUCUAACACAAUUAGAAACUGCUCUCCUGACUCAGCUUUAGUCAGCAGCAGCCAGGCUGAUGGUGUCAUCUGUACUCUCGCUCUCCUUCCCCCAAGACCAAUCUUUAAUGAGUGGCUCUAGUUACCCUCAACAACAAAGGGCAGAGGAGCUGGAAGAAGAAAGGGUUGCCAGGAGCCCAAGAGAAGUCCCAGUGAACCAGCCCACCAUUGCUCUUUCUUUCCUCAGUUUUUUGUUUGUUAGAGCUGUGGGCAGGUGUCCAGCAAGCAAACACCGUGAAUAGAAAAGGACUCUCCACUGACCAUGUCUCCAGCACACUUUCCCCAAAGGAAACAACACCUUAUAAAGGAUGCUUAGAAGUCCCCACUGCAGUGCCACAUGGAAGUCUCACUUGCGGACGGUGCAGACUGACCCUUUUUAUUUGCCUUACAGAUUCCAGACCCGGCUCCCUCACCCUAUGAAAUUGCUCCUUUCUCUGGGCUUUGCUGAUUGGAAAGAGACUGAAGACUGGAUUCCUCUCCUGUAUCUCCCAAAGUGAUGCCAGUGAAGAUAUUUUUUAGGGGUGGUGGUGGAUGCUUCCACACUAGUUAUUAGUCUGGAAUUGCCUCCUGGAAUUCCUCACUUGUUAGGAAGCCUCCCCAUUACACCAUAUUUAGUCUGCUGUGUUCUGUUGUUUUCCUGAUUCAUUGGCCUGUAGUUUCCACCCCCAACCUGAUCUAUGGCUAUUGUUUUAAAAAAAGUUUAGUGCAAUUGUAGCACCAGUCUCUUCAGUGUGGACAGGAAAAGCGCUAUUAAGGGGUUUCAAGGCUUCUGUAGUUUCCAGUUCCUCUUUGAAGGUUUAUUCUGUUCUAUUGCUUCCUGUUGAUCUUGGCUAAAGGAUCUUUGGUUAACAGAGUGUACUUUGCACCUUUAAUAGCCUUUCUAAAUUGCUCCAAUGACAGUUUCUCUCCCUGUGGAUGGGAGAGGAGCUUCUAAUUACUGCUUUCAUCUAACUAUACCUUUAUUUACUUAUUUUAAUGGUGAGAUAGCAUCAUAAAAGUGCUAUUUCACCAUUAACCAAAGAAAAGAGGGGGGAGGAUAAGAGAAAAUAAGUACUUAACAUCUUUCCUCCCCCCUACCACAAAUCCCUGUGGGAAGAGAAACUGACCCUGGGGCAAUUUAGAAACACCAUUCAGCAUUUUCAACGUAUACCAACAUGAAAUAGUAAAACAGAAGGCUUUUGAAUAGCAUUGGAAAGGACCUUUGCUGAAUGGGCCUUUCAUCUGAGUAAUUCAUGGAUGAUCUCGACCCUUGUAUUGCUGGAGAAUACCGCGCUUUGUAAAGUUUCUUGUGUGGUAACUCUGUUUUAAUUCCACUUCUAGCCAAUUGUAUAAAAGCAGUGCUUCAGCUGUGCUAAAGGGCUCUUGUGUGCAAGUGCCCUUGUUCUCUGAAAUCUCCCCAUAUAACCUCUCUGUUCCUGAUCACAGCAUCGCAAACAAGGCUCAAUAAAGGCUCAAUAAAUAUCUCUGCCACUCUUCUUCUGCUACCCUUGUCUUGUUCUGGUUCUAAAGAACUAUGAUAAAGAGACGGGUAUUCAGGGCUGGGCCUCUCUGAUGACGACAUGUCUGCUACUUAGCUAAGAAGCUGUAACUCACACAUUGCAUCUCCUUUUGCAAAGCAUCAUGACAACUCUGACCUACAUCAAAUCCUCAUCCUGGGACCUUGGGGAUGUUCUGAGGGAUUUUUGACCAAUUAUGGAGUUCAAGCUAAAGGAGAUGUGAUGUGUCAUAGAUAAGUCAGGGCCAUGGCCACUUUUACCUCAAAAGGCAUAGCUCCAGUCCUUGGCUUAAGCCAGUCAGGUGCCCGAGUUCCUUGAUACGGGGAAGAAAGACUCACUUCAUCAUUGGAUGGUCUGUCCCAUGUUGCUGGGUCAUCUCUGUAUGUAGGUCAUAGCUGUCAACCUUCCCUUUUUUUGCGGGAAAUUCCCUUAUUCCAGCGCCAUUUCCCGCUGCUUCCCGCUGGUAUCCCGGAUUAUUAGAUAUCCCGUAGACUGUCCCCGGGACAGGAGAGGCUGCUGAUCCCUUAUUUUCGAGGCUGCUGAUCUCUUAUUUUCAAAUCUGAAAGUUGACAGCUAUGAUGUAGGUGAGCAACUCAAGAUUUCCUCCCGGAGAUGCUACCUUCUUUCCCUCGCCUUCAUGAUCCUGACAUACCAGGAUCUGGGAAGGGUGGGUUGUUGUGGGCUUCCUCCCUCUUCCCAUUGGUUAGUUCCUUUCCCCUUCUGCCCCCACUUGCAUGAUUGGUUGCAGUCCUCCAAUCCUUCUCUCCUCAUUCAGGAACCUUUUGAAAUGACUUCUGAGAUUCCAGCAUUCUGUCACCUCUAGUCCAGCCAUGCAAACUCAGGAUUGGGUCGGCUGAACUGUGGAGUCACAAGUGGUAUGACCCCAGACAGGAGGCAAUGGCAAGAAAGCAGCCUGCAAGAGCCACUUGGACAUUUAACAGGCCAAAAGAAGGGAUGUGAGGAAGCCUCAGUCAGGUUUAUUUCUGUAAUCUAAGGCCACAUUCACACCAUAUAUUUAAAGCACUAUGAUACCACUUCAAAUAGUGAUAUAGCUUCCCCCAAGAAUUAUGGGAGCUAGUUAAGGGUGCUGGGAGUUGUUGGGGGGCCCUUAUUUCCCCUCACAGAGCUAUAAUUUGCAGGGUUCUGCAUGAAGAGGGAGUGAUUGUUCAGCCACUCUGUGUAUCGUACCUCUGUGAGGGGUCUCCUAACAAUUCUCAGCACCCUUAACAAGUUAAGUUCCCAGAAUUCUUUGGGGGAAGGCAUAACUGUUUAAAGUGGUAUCAUAGUGCUUUAGAUGUAUGGUGUGCAUGUGGCCUAAGAUGCCCUCCAGACAUUUUGGACUAUAAUUCCCAUCAGCCCCACGCAACAAGAUUGUUCUAACAAAUGGGCAAAUUUCCUUGCUGCUCCCUGUCACAGGCUUGCCUGUAUAUGCUCCAAGGCACUUGCUGGAGGCAGAGUCUCACACACAGGAAAUCUUCCUAAUGGUGCCAUAUGUAACAUUAUUUUCUGGGUCCUGUAAACCAUCUCCUACGGGGUUUGGCAAUCAGCAUUAGUCAGACCCCCAGGCCUGCUGAGAUUCUAGCUUGUCUGAGCCCAGAUGUAAUAUGUCAAGUUCCCGACCUAAACUGUGUUGCCAUGGCUUCAUGUUGCAAAAGAAGAAUCUAAGGCUUCGGUAAACUUCUGCCGAGGCCCUUUCUAGGUCCAUGUUUUUAUCUUAGCGUGUGAUGGCGUUUUGAGACUUGUUGGUGGGUGGAAUGUUCUUCUCAGAAGCAUAUCUUUGGCCCCUGGAUCUAAAAUAACUUGUGCAACUCUUCUGUAUUCAGGUUGUUUGGCUGGGAAGAGGUUGGGGAACUACUUCCUUUAUAGGUUCCCAGGAAAUAAGUACUGAAAUGACUCAUUGCUCUCAGGAUCUAUACUGAACUUGUUAAAGGGGUGCAAAAAUAAAAUAGUACAUGUGCAGC